UGUGCGAGAAGGCAAAUCAAAAUAAGAAAAGUGCCGCCCUGAUGGAAAUUAAUAUCGCGAAUUACCAGCGAAAACGCAGCGAAAGUUGAGCCAAAGUGCUGCGAUUAAUCAGAUAGCGGGUGAAAUACCGGCGCACAGAAGCGACAGAGACAGAGCGCACAUAGCACCUGGCACACCCAAGGAUAUCCGAUCCUCCUGCAUCCCGAAUCAUCCACAACCUGCACCAACCGCUAACCGCUAAAGCCAUGAUCCUCGAGAGAAACCGGAGGUGCCAGCUGGCCCUCCUCAUGAUCGCAAUGCUGGCAGCCAUCGCUGGACAAACGGAUGCCCAGAAGGCGGCCAAACUGACGGCAGUGAGCACCUGUGCAUCGAAGGAAAAGUGUCACACCUGCAUCCAGACAGAGGGUUGCGCCUGGUGCAUGCAGCCGGACUUUAAGGGCCAGUCGCGGUGCUACCAAAACACCAGCUCACUGUGUCCGGAGGAGUUCGCCUACAGUCCGAUAACGCUUGAGGAGAUUCUAGUGAACAACAAACUAACGAAUCAAUACAAAGCUGAAUUGGCGGCUGGUGGCAGUGGCAUUGGCGUUGGCAUUGGCGCUGGCAUUGGCGGUGGCUCCUCCAUGUCCUCCUCCUCCUCCUCCUCCAUGUCCUCCUCCUCCUCCUCCUCCUCCUCCUCCUCCUCCUCCUCGGGAUUCAGUUCCUCCAGCGGAUACGAAGAGUACUCUGCCGGCGAAAUUGUCCAAAUCCAACCGCAGUCCAUGCGCCUCGCAUUGCGCGUCAAUGAGAAACACAACAUCAAGAUUAGCUAUUCCCAAGCGGAGGGAUAUCCAGUGGAUCUCUACUACUUGAUGGACCUCUCCAAAUCCAUGGAGGACGACAAGGCCAAAUUGUCUACGCUGGGCGACAAGUUGUCCGAGACCAUGAAGCGCAUCACCAACAAUUUCCAUCUCGGUUUCGGUUCGUUUGUGGACAAGGUGCUCAUGCCCUAUGUCUCGACCAUUCCCAAAAAACUCCAGCAUCCAUGCGACAACUGCAAGGCUCCCUAUGGUUACCAAAAUCACAUGCCACUCAACAAUAACACCGAAAGCUUCUCUAACGAGGUGAAGAAUGCCACAGUGUCGGGCAACUUGGAUGCUCCCGAAGGAGGCUUCGAUGCCAUCAUGCAGGCCAUUGCCUGCCGAUCGCAGAUCGGUUGGCGGGAACAGGCUCGUCGGCUGUUGGUCUUCUCCACGGACGCAGGCUUCCAUUAUGCUGGCGAUGGCAAAUUGGGCGGCGUGAUUGCUCCAAACGACGGCGAGUGCCACUUGAGUCCCACGGGCUUGUACACGCACUCGGAGCUGCAGGAUUAUCCCAGUAUCUCGCAGAUCAACCAGAAGGUCAAGGACAAUGCCAUCAAUAUUAUCUUCGCCGUCACUGCCAGCCAGCUGUCUGUCUACGAAAAGUUGGUGGGGCACAUCCAGGGCUCCUCGGCGGCCAAGCUCGAUAACGAUUCAUCCAACGUGGUUGAAUUGGUCAAGGAAGAAUACCGCAAAAUCUCCUCUUCGGUGGAGAUGAAGGACAACGCCACUGGAGAUGUGAAGAUCACCUACUUCUCGUCUUGCCUGAGUAACGGACCCGAACUGCAGACCUCUAAGUGCGACAACCUGAAGGAGGGCCAGCAGGUGAGCUUCACAGCACAGAUUCAGUUGCUCAAGUGUCCCGAGGAUCCGCGCGACUGGACACAGACGAUCCACAUCUCGCCCGUCGGCAUCAACGAGGUCAUGCAAAUCCAGCUGACUAUGCUGUGCUCGUGCCCCUGCGAGAAGCCCGGUUCAAUUGGAUAUCAGGUGCAUGCGAACAGCUGCAGCAGCCACGGCACCUCCAUGUGCGGCAUCUGCAAUUGCGACGAUAGCUAUUUCGGCAACAAAUGCGAGUGCUCAGCAACGGAUCUAACAUCGAAAUUCGCGAACGACACUAGCUGCCGGGCGGAUAGCACCUCGACGACGGACUGCUCUGGUCGGGGCAAUUGCGUUUGCGGCGCCUGCGAAUGCCACAAGCGACCAAAUCCCAUUGAGAUCAUAUCCGGAAAGCACUGCGAGUGCGACAACUUCAGCUGCGAACGGAACAGGAACCAGUUGUGCUCGGGUCCGGAUCACGGCACCUGCGAGUGCGGCCGUUGCAAGUGCAAGCCGGGCUGGACGGGCGCCAAUUGCGGCUGCCAGGAGUCCAACGAUACAUGUAUGCCACCUGGAGGUGGCGAGGUCUGCUCCGGUCAUGGUUCCUGCGAAUGCGGUGUCUGCAAGUGUACGGUUAACGAUCAGGGACGUUUCUCGGGCCGACAUUGCGAGAAGUGCCCAACUUGCUCGGGCCGGUGCCAGGAGCUGAAGGACUGUGUCCAGUGCCAGAUGUACAAGACGGGCGAGCUGAAGAACGGCGAUGAUUGCGCCAGGAACUGCACUCUAUUUGUGCCCGUGGGCGUGGAAAAGGUGGAGAUCGAUGAGACCAAGGACGAGCAGAUGUGCACAUUCUUCGACGAGGACGACUGCAAGUUCAUGUUCAAGUACAGCGAGCAGGGUGAACUGCAUGUGUAUGCCCAGGAGAACAAGGAGUGCCCGCCCAAGGUUUUCAUGUUGGGCAUCGUCAUGGGCGUAAUCGUCGCCAUUGUCCUGGUGGGUCUGGCCAUUCUGCUGCUGUGGAAGCUGCUCACUACGAUCCACGAUCGGCGGGAGUUCGCUCGCUUCGAGAAGGAGCGCAUGAACGCCAAGUGGGAUACGGGUGAGAAUCCCAUCUACAAGCAGGCCACCUCCACCUUCAAGAACCCCAUGUAUGCGGGCAAAUAGAUUCGCUAACUAACUAAACACUAGGGAAUUAUAACUAGUGUCGUUCCACGGAACGACCACUGUCUGUGCUUGAACCGGAAAUCAGAAGGAACCCCAACCAGCCAAUCAGCCAAACUUAAUCAAACACCAGCAACAAAUCCGCACCACCUAAAAACCAAGCAACCAAUCUUCAGAACCGAUUCCGACACCGAAAUCCCGAACACAUCGACGUAGCUGCUUUGCCCGGGUGCAAAACCACUGAAGUCAACUGCCAUUGAAACGCGUUCUAAACUAAGUCAGCCCUAUAUAUACAUAUAUAUGCAUAUUUAUAUAUACAUUUACACAAGAACCCCGCCGUGGGGCAGCCUUUAUACAUUGCGUAUACUUAACGAGCAAACGAUUUGUGCCUUGCAACAUAUUUUAGACUAAAUCUAUACGUAUAUGUGUAUACAAACAAGUAAGCAGACAACGCACAGCAACAACGCGGAGCCAAGAAUCGGAAAAAUU